ACUUGUCCAGGCAGAGUGUGAUUGUAGUCUUAAAAGUUAAACAUUCUUUUUUCCAUCACUAAUUAUUGAUUGAUCUCGUCAGUUACAAAAUACAUUCAAAGUAUUUAACUGUUCUUGUCUUCCCUAACUUAAUUCCUUAUCUGUUUUUUAAACAAAUUUCGCGUUCGAUGGCCUCCCAGAACAGAGAUCCUGCUGCUAGUACCACUAGGAAAGAACCUAACAGCACAACUGCCAAAGACAACCAUUCUGUUAGCAAAAGACUACAGCAAGAACUGAUGGUACUUCUGUCUUCUGGUGAUAAUCGAGUAUCAGCAUUUCCUGAUGGAGAUAACCUCUUCAAAUGGAUUGGAACAAUAGAAGGUGCUCCUGGAACGGUCUAUGAUGGAUUACGGUUUAAAUUAGUUUUGCAAUUUCCAAGCGGGUACCCAUAUCAGGCACCAUCAGUUAAGUUUGAUACUGGGUGUUUCCAUCCAAAUGUUGAUGAACGUGGUAAUAUCUGUUUGGAUAUACUGAAGGAACAAUGGUCAGCGUUAUAUGAUGUGCGAACUAUUCUUCUGUCAAUUCAAAGCUUACUUGGAGAACCUAAUAACGACAGUCCUUUGAAUUCUUAUGCUGCUGAACUUUGGUCAGACCAAGAAGCAUACAAGAAACAUCUACUUGAACAUUAUGCAAAAAAUAAUAAAAAGAAAUUAUAAAAACAAAAUAGCAUAUUUAAAAAAAAUAUAUUACCAGAAUUGUGAGGUUGAGAUUGAAACUGAAUAAUGUUUAAUUGUUGGCUGUCAAGCUAUUCCAAAAUUGCUGCUUAUGGAUUGUUCCAUGGAAUUAUCCCUCUUUCAUUCAACAUACAUUUCUCUUGAAUUUCUUUCAUAUUGUUUCUGACUGACCAUGUAUCAAUGUGUAUACUUGUUUGUGUAAGUUCUUCCUAUACUUUUCUCUCCAUCUACAUCUCUGACUUUCUGUCUGUCUCUUGCCCUCUCUAUCUCUCUCAACCGCAUACACCAAAAUUUCAGUGAAUUACUGAUUUAGAAAAAAAAAAAAAAAGAAACAAAGCAUUCUGUUCACUUUCUUCAUGAGGUGUGACUGAUGAGACAUGAUAUCUAAGAGGGGAAAAAGACAUUGGUGAUACUCUUAAAUUUAUAUAUUGCUUUUAAAUCUCUCUCUCUCUCUCUCCAACAAUUUUUUCAAUAAUAGUACACAAUAUUUGUUACACCCUCUGUCAAAAAAGUGUAUAUAUUUAUUAUAUAUAUAUAUAUAUAUAUAUAUAUAUAUUAUAUAUGAAACCAACAUAUUUUGAAUCACAAAUGCAGACAUCUGUCUUUGUUUAUGUCAAUUCCUGGGAUUAAUAAUACCUGUUACUGUCAAGUGAAAGCUGUUGGUAAUGAAAGGAUUUUUCAUUUGUAUGACAGAGAAUGGGAUUUAUAAUGUGAUAAUGGGCAAUCUGUGAUUGUUGAGCAUUUAUCUACAUGUAUGAGUGGUUACUGUUAUUGUGUUCUAUUUCUUACAUUAGUUAGCUUACAGCAUUUAUUAUUUUUAAUUGCUAACAUUUCUUAAUCAUAAGGUAUUUUUUCUCUCCAUAUUUUUAUUACAAUAUUGCGGUUCUUUUUUGUGGGGUUUUUUUUAUACCUUUCUAUACACAUCAGAUUGCUAAUUGAUAGAGAAGUCCCAAUUAUAGUAAAAUUACUCUCAUGCAAAUCACUGUAUACUUUUUAUUUAUUCUAACACUUUUAGGUUCUUGGUAUUGGGUUAGAUAAAGGUCUUUUUCUUCUACAAAGUGAUAAUUUAUGAUCUAUCAUUCCAUGGACUUCAAAAUGGCUCCUUAAAUUUUUUUUCCUCUCUCCAGCAUGUGUAAAUAAAAUUUUAUAUUACACACUGUGUAUUUGGCAUUGAAUGACUGAAUUUUAUAAAUAAAAGAAUUUUGUUAUAUAUUUUAACUUUGAA